UUUUUAAUUUCCAAUAAAUAUUUCCAAAGAAAUGGAGGUUCAAAGACCAGCCCAAGUGACCAAAGAGUACUUCGCGAAAUGAGUCAGGGAGAAACGAAUGGUUUAUGAUGAAGGAGAUGCGAGGAAAGCGAUGAGUGUUCGAAAGAAGAAGAUUAGCAAAAUAAUUUGCUCUCAGUCACAUACCUCCUCUCCAAAACUUCCAAGGUUGCCUAGCACUCGCAAAUUUUCUUCCAUUUACCACAAGAAAAACAGCGUUGCAUUGAAGAACAAGCCUGUUUGUGUGAUAGACAUCACCUCACUGAACUGGAAAUAAGAGGGCUGAUAGUUGUAAAGCGAACAAUGCAAGCAUGCCUCAGAGUAUCUAUCGUAAUAGGUCACAUUAUGGUCAGAACACAGCUCAAAAUAGCUCUCCUGAUCAGCCGAAGCGAAUAAAGAAAGCUAGUAUUACCCUCAUCAAUAAGAACGAGGCAAAGUCUUCAAUGUUUUAUACGACUGAUAACAACUCUAUUGAAGCUUUCACUAAUAAUGCAACACCGUUGUGAUUUCCUUACACUGCGAAGAGGGGUGAAGAGGCUGAUAAAUCAAAAGAAUGAGUCACUGAUCUGAGUCCAGAACCUAUUGAAAAGCAGAGCAUAAUUGAUCAGUUUGACUCUGAUUUUUCCAAGACUCUGAGUCUUUCCGAUGAUGAGUUUGAUAAAUUCAAAGAAAAUUUAUACGAAGCUGAAAUAAACUCAGAGAUCACUUACCCAGAUGAUAUUGGUGAAGAGAUCGAUGCUAGCGAUAAUAACAUCGCAACGCUCACUCAAAAGAUCCUCAAAACUCAUCGUAAGAAAGAGCUUGAGUCCAGAAAUACUCUCUUAAAAAUAAAUCCUUUUAACACCAAGAAAUCUCAAAAACAGUUGGGUAAGGCCCAACAAGACUCUAUCAACUGAACUGAGAUAGACAGUUCCCUUUGUAAAGUGGCUUCCAAAGAGAGCAUCCAAGAGCUGUUCUUUCCACUCAGAAAGGAAAGUUUUGAUGAGGAUUCCUCUCUAAUUUUUGUCGAAAGUAUCCUUGAUAAACUGAGUAAAUGUAGUGAGAACUAGACUCCAUCUUGUUUUUGAGUUAACCAUAGCAUUUUCGCGUCAACAGUG